AUGGCGAAAACCUCCAGGAAAGCGGAUCAGUCAGGGCACACUUCUGGAAGUAUACCAAAUCAACCUCCUCCACAAGAUGUAGCAGAGGACGAGCUACAGGUGGAACUGGAAGAGGAGGAGAUGGAUGCUGAAACAUUGCGAACAACUUUGAUUCAAAGGGAGAUUGACAGGCAGUGCCAAGAACUUAAUGAGCGGCAAGCUGACAUAGAUCACUGGCAGAGAGAUGCCAUGGCAGCUUUAGAAGCGGCCAUUCAAUUAGCACGAGGACAACCUGCACCUACCUCCCAACCAGAUCAGCCACCCAGCUCUCACCUUCAACAAAAUAUGCAGUCAAAGUUUCCCCAGUAUCAUCAAGAUCCACCACAACCAAGGAAUCAUGAAGGACCAGAACAACCUCCCACUGCUCAACAAGAAAGUCCAGUCCAAAAUCCUAAUCGAAAAAAUGAGCAUCAACCACUCUCUCGGGCUAGUCGAGAUAAUGUUCAGCAACAAAGGCUGAAUAGGGCAAAGUAG